UAAGAAAGGGGGAGACGUGCGGCCAGACUGGGCCGGGAAGGAGCAGAGGCGCUAAAAGUGACCCCAAGCUGAGCGAGCGGGCUGUCGUGGUGGCCAAAACAGGGUGUGAGGGGCUCGCAGGCUGGAACCUCUCCGCAGCGCCUCCCGCCAGUGGUGUUCUUGAAGAGUUCCUAUCAUGUGCAUACUUUAUGUGAUUAGAAGUCCGAAGGUUGCGUGAUAGUGAACACUGCUGGGCAAAAUGUCUUUUCUGAGUACUGGACAAAUGAAGAGAAAAUGGGAAGAAAGAUUGAAGAAUGUUGAUGAACUAGCAUCUCAAUAUAAAAGAAAGCCACUUUGCCCUGUUUACAGGCCACAGCUGUCCAAACCAUGGCAACCGUGCUCUGUUUGGAGUCUGUUUCAUCGACAGUCUCAAGCUUUUAACUAUGCAAAAACCUGUAAGGAGGAUGUUCAUGUAUUUGCUUUGGAAACGAACGCAGAAGAUGGACAAAGGUAUUAUCUUGUGACAACAUAUACAGAGCUUUGGUUUUAUUACAACAAAGAACAAAAAACAAGUCUCAUGCAUUGCUAUGAAGUUAUUCCUGAAAAAGCUGUUUGCAAACUGUAUUUUGAUUUGGAGUUCUAUAAACCAGUGAAUCCUGGAGCUGAUGGCAAGCAGAUGAUUGCAAAGUUAAUUGAGCUUUUUAGUAAAAAGCUGGAAGAACUUUAUGGAGUUAAAUGUUCAGCUGAAGAUGUCUUGAACUUAGAUUCCAGCACUGAUGAAAAAUUUAGCCAUCACUUAAUAUUUCUGCUUCACAAGACAGCAUUUAAGGAUAAUAUUAAUGUUGGUAAUUUUGUGAAAACAGUUUUGCAACCUGCUCUUGUUUUAACUGAAAAUAAAGCUGAUGCUCUGAUUCUAGAAGAAGGGGUGGACAGUGUUGUUUCCCAGUCUUCCAAAGCAACAGCUGAAAUAGAUGGUACUGUUGUAAACCUCAGUGCAGUGAAGGAGCCUCCUGGGAAAUGGCAAUCUAAUAUGCACAAAACGCUGGAAAAUGGAGCAUGGCAACAGAACGAAAAUCCUGAUCUUUCCUUUCUUGUUGUGAAUGAUAAGGAGGGAGGCAAGCAACUUGUCGUCGAUCUGGGAGUUUAUACAAAGAAUAGAAAUUUCCGGCUGUAUAAGUCAUCAAAAGCAGGAAAGCAGACGACUUUGAAAAUAGCUGAAGAUAACAAGUUUGUUCCUAAACCCAAAAAGAAUAUUUCUGUUGAGGAGCAAUAUUUCCUUUCCUCUUUGGUUUGCAAUGUUAGGUUCUCAGAAAUUGAAAGAGCCCUAACUUGUGACAUCCCAGAAGGGAAGAAAAAAAUGUUUAAACAAACAAACAGGAGAGUUUUCAAUAGCACUUCAGAUCCCAUAGAAGGAUAUCAAUAUUCACCUUAUCCAGAAAUUGAUUGUUUUGUCCUUUCUUUAGUUAAUAAAGAUGAUGCUCAUGGAGGGAUACGACGAUGGAAUUAUUUUUCCUUGGAAGAACUCCUUGUUUAUGACAUAUCCAGAUAUCGCUGGUGUAAAAAUAUUGGAAGAGCCCACAAAAGUAAUAACAUAAUGAUCCUGGUAGAUCUAAAAAAAGAAGUUUACUAUCAAAAAUGUUAUGACCCUGUCUGCAGAGCUAAAAACUUCAAAUCAGAAAGUAUUCCAUUACCCCCUGAGAUAUGCCUCCCUUUUCUUUUCAAAGAGGAAGAAUAUGUACUUUUUAUGGAUGAGAGUGGGAACAUAGAAGAAAAACCUAACCUCACAGACUUCUCAGAAAGCACAUCAUUAAGGAUACAUCAAGAAAAUAAGAAGUCUCCCGACAAGCUCUGUUCAAAUACAGAAUGGGAAAAUGUGACUGAUGAUGUGUAUUUUCUGGAAGCUAUCGAAGAUGCUGAACUUGCAGAAGUUGCAGACAACAGUCUGACCACGUGGAACUGUGACCUGGAAGAAAUACCUGAUGAGCUUCUCAUAGAGGUUUUAAGAAAACAGGAAGUUUGUGGUAACAAGACAUACAACUAGCUAUCAACUAAGGGUAGCUGUUUAUAAAAUGUGCUAACUCAACUAUAUCUUAAUGUAUCUAAAGCCAAAAGUUUCAGAAGUUCCGUUUACACUGCCAAAAGAAACCAAUAGAACCAUGCCAGCAUCCUCUCUUUAUAAGAAAGUGCAUAGUAAACUUGCCAUUAGCUAUGUUUUUGUACAUUGGGUUUGUGUGUUAAUGACAUUUUAUAUGGUUUAAUAGGAUACAGCCUUUAAUUUCUGGUUUAAGUUCCAGCUUAGUCAGUGGUGGUUCUGCCACCUGCAGCAGUGCAUAUGGCACAAAAGCCCCCCUCUCUCUUUACAGAGGCCAAGGACUGAAUAGCUGCAGAAACUGAACUAUCCUCUCAACCCUAGAAGUAGCUGCUCCUGGACAGGAAAGAAGCACCAUGGAAGACCCAGGUAGAUCAGCUUACCCUAGUAGUACCUGGGUUGUGCAUGUUCUAAAGCUAGACACAGGCGAUCAAUCUGGUACUUCUCAGGAGCACUAAAUUCAAAAUGUAAAAAAAAUGCUAAAUAGACAGUGUCAACACACUCAAAAAGCUUUAUGGACAAUGAUUCAGGUAAAAUUCACUUACCAAGGGAUGGAAUGUGGUUAGAACAUGUUUCUUCCCAUAUGUCCAAAUGUUUAGGAUGUUGCCUACAGCCUGUACUGUACUUCGUUACUUUACAAAGGGCAAGCAGGAUUUCUUACCUAUAUGUGGGCCUGCCAAAAGGUAAAUCCAUACUUUAGAUAAAAACUUUUGAGGAUUUGUCUACCUUUCAUUAUGCUCACCACUUGUUAUAACUAAGCUGUUUUUAAAAAUCCACAUACUAGUUUUAGAAAUAUUUUAUCCAUUAUGCAUAUAAUGGUGGAACAAUUUAGACAUGUCUCAGGCUUGUAACAGGCAACUUACAAAUUAUCUUUAUGCUACUUUAGGAUGAGCAACAACAGGUUUUUCAGUAUAUAUAAGUUGUAAUGUCCACUAAAGAAAAUGUCUACUCUUGUCACAUUAGUAUUUCCAAAUGAUUACUCUGGUAAUCCAAUAAUAAAAUCCUAUUAAUUUUAAAGCACUA